CACUCUCCCUUUCCCUCUCUCAAUUCUUCUUCCUUUCCAGGCUGUGACACUGGGCUGCUCUUCCCCACACGUUCAUCUACAGCUCAUGUUGAAGUCUCACCCAAAACACCCUUUAAAACCAAUGCCGUCACCAUUUGCCUGUGGGUGAAACCAACUCAGGUGCUCAACAAGACCAUCCUCUUCUCGUACAGUACAACUGGCAAUGCCUACGAACUCCAGCUGGUGUUGAAUGGACAGAGUGUCUUCUUUACCGUCGAUGGUGAAACCCAUUUGGUGCAAGCUUCAGGGGCAGCUCGAGAGGGUCAGUGGGUGCACAUUUGUGCAGUCUGGAGUUCACAGCAGGGCUUGGCUUCACUGUGGGUGAAUGGUCAACAAGCUGCAAGCUCUCCUGGAGUGGCUGAAGGUCAUGAGUUACGCAGCAAAGGAAGCAUACUAUUGGGGCAAGAGUAUGGACGUUUAUUCAGGCAUCUUAGUAUCCCCGACACAUUUGAUGCGGAGCUGGCCUUCACAGGGAAGAUGACUGGAGUGAACAUGUGGGACCGCGUUUUGGAUUCAAAAGAGAUAUCUCAGCAAGCGCGGCUGGAUGGGAGUGGUUGUGGUAUCCGUGGUAAUGUGGUGGCAUGGGGCGUUUCUGACAUUGAGCCAAAAGGGGGUGUCAAAUUAUUAUACUAAAUUUAUCUACUGUCUUAACCACCUGAGCCCUGUAUACAAAUCAGCUGAGCUCCUACAAGCACAUAUUAAGAACCUGCUUUGCUACACCUACACAAAACAAUCAUUUUCCUCUCCUUAAAUGUGCAAAAAAUGUGCUCCCUCAUAGGGAAAAUGUGAUUUAGCAAGUUACAAUAGUUAAACUGCUGCCAUUGGAGGGACAUUAUAUCAUAUAUCUUUUUUUUAUUAUUACAAACUGUUCUGUUUUACAAGAAUGUUUAAUACAAAACGGAGGGAUUUAAAAAAAAAAAUUAUUAUGUAUCGUCAAACUAUUUAUCUUGAUUGGUAAUGUUUACAUUCAGAUUUUACUUAAUUUUUAAUCUAUUUGUAAUGUAAUACUUCAGUCCAUUGUUAUUUUUAUGCUUUUUUUUUUUCAAACUAUAGGCUCUGUUACAUAUCUUGUGAUGGCCAUUUUAAAAUAUUUUGUUAUAGAGUUCUGUAUGUUAUAGAGUAUGUGAGUUCUGCUAAUUAAUAACUUUUUUGUCUUUGGUUUGUAUUUUUACCACAAGAUGGAUGCUAUGUUUUGAUGACAGAACUGUGGAAAAUUUUUACAAAUUGUGACUUUAUUUUUAUGUUUCCGCUGAUG